UGGAUGUUGACAAAUUAAGUUUAAAAUCAGCCAUUGAGCAAAAACUAGUCUCACCUGAGGAGUGAGGAAAUUCCUAGUGAAUAUCCAGUAAUUUAAUUUCCUUUAAAAAAAUAACAAUAACGAAACAAUAAAAAAUGGGUUAUCAUGUUCAUCAAGUUUUGUCUUUAUGUAAGAUGCUUUUAUUCCAGCUGGGAAAACAGGGUGGUUUUAUUGUUCAACACAAAAAGACUUCAGCCCCACACGCAGGAUCUUGUUGCCACAUUUAAUUGAGCAGAGAGCAAAACAAAGCAAGAACGGUGUAACAUUAAGAGUCCUAAUCAGCAUCUUCAUCUAACCGAGGUGAGCUUCCAUCGCUGGCUCUGAUAGGCCACCUAAACACCCCCGAGGGGUGGAGUUACAGCCUUUGGGCUCUUUGGCAUCUGCUGAAACAAUAAAGCACCUGUCGUCUCAGCUAAGGGGAGAAAAAGAGGAAACUGCAAAGAAAAAAUUGAUUUAUGCAGGAAGUCACUUUGAGAAAUAACCUCACACUAAAGAAUUGAGGACUGCUCACUAAAAGAUGCAUAAACUUUGGCUUUUAUUCACAUUUGCAGGGAUAUGUGCUGCUCAAAACGACAUCUCCUUGUCAGUCUUCACCGUGACGUCAAAGAGUAUGACGGUGCAGUGGAGCGGCCACACCGGUGCCAGCUCCUACAAGAUCACCGCGACUCCCAAGAACUCUCCGGAACAGCCCGUCUUUGCUCAGUUUAGCGGCAACACAGUGAUGGGCUCCGUUAACUCCCUGACACCAAACACGGUCUACACCAUGCAGCUAGAGGCCAUGGACAAUGCCCUCAAUGUCCUCAGCAGUGCAGAGACGGAGGAGACAACAGCCCCUGAUGUGCCCAGCGUUCUGCAGACCUACUCCAAACUCAGCGACAGCAUCACCGUCGAGUUCACGGAGGUUACCGGGGCGACCGGCUACAUCCUGAGGGCAGAGUCGAAAACAGGGGGCUUCUUCUCUGAGACCAACGUGACUUCCUCUCCGAGCACCGUGGUGCAGCUCCAGCCGUACACAGACUACAUCUUGAGUGUCAUGUCCGUCAACUCCGGAGGAAGGAGUCAACCCUCAUACCCCGCUGAGGCCAGGACAGUUGUGAUGGCGCCUAAGCUGAACACAUCCUCACCCACCAAUGAGAGCAUUCUUGCUGUCUGGGCUCCAGUGGAGCACGCCGUCCUUUAUACGCUGGUGAUCAUCCGAGAAGGUUCCUACGUUCGCAAUAAAGUGAACACCACCAACACCGAGGUCACUUUUGACAACCUUCAGUCCGGAACUUCCUAUUGUAUCAAGGGCAUGGCCUGGGACGCGGAGGGUCGUAUCGGUGACGACAUGACCGUCUGCCAGAUCACACGUCCCUCAAGUCCGGAUGUGGUUGACAUUCAGGUGACUCAGGGACGCGCUCCAGGGAUUGAAAUCUAUUGGGUGUCGGUACAGGGGGCUACAAAAUACACAGCCUGGAGCUCUUCGGGACAAAACUGUUCCACGGGAAACACCAACUGUAACAUCAUGCUCACAGAGUGUGGGCAGAACCGCUCUGUCUAUGUCAUAGCCUCCAAUGAAGCCGGAACCAGCAGUCCCUCAGAACCAGUCAACUACAUCACAUACCCAUGUCCCCCUGAGAACAUCUGGGUGGAGGAACCUACAGCUGGUGACUGCUAUGUGAAGUGGGAGGAGGUGGCAUUGGUGGAAUUCUACGUGACCUUUAUCAAGAGGGAUGACGGGACCGAGAAUUUAUGCAACACAACGGAAACCACCUGCCACUUCCCCUGCAUGUGCGGCUACACGUACCUGACCAGCGUGUUCCCCUUCAACAAAGCCGGCACCAGCCUUUUAGCGCAUGUUCGCAACUACACCACAAUACCCUGCUGUCCUCAGGAUGUUCAGGUACAGCUUGUUUCCACGGAGACCCUCGAGAUCAUGUGGUCGCCUGUCAAAGGGGCAGAGCUGUACGAGACCACGGCAGCAGAGACUAGAGAUACAAUCCACUGUAACGACACGUCACCAGUGUGCGUGCUGUCAGAUCUGAGAUGUAACACCGCUUAUUCGGUGACUGUGACGCCGUGCAGCGAGUUACGAGGAUGCAACGCUACCUGUGCGCCGAAUGUGCAUGAGACAGCUCCCUGCUCUCCAGAGAUUCUCAAUAUGACACAGACAGGCAACUCCUCAUACAGAGUCCUCUACACCACCCCAAACUCCCUCAAUACAAACUACACUAUCACCGCCACUGGGCGCUACAACAGAGGGUCAUGUCAGUCAAAGAAUGACUCCUGUGAGCUCACACAGCUGCCCUGUGGCACGACCUAUGAGGUUACAGCUGUGGCCAUCUCAGCAGCAGGGAGAAGUCUGCCUGGGUUCAGCAAAACUCUGGAAACAGGUCCCUGCUGCCCAGACUCUGUGAAUGUGAGCCAGGUCACCCAGGCUAUGACCAAUGUCACCUGGUCACCGGGCGGUGGAGCUCGCUCCUACGUCGCCUCACUGACCUCCCAACGUGGCCACGCGAAAUGCCACACCUUGGACAACCACUGCCUGAUGGGAUGCAUCACCUGUGGCACCAACUACAGCGUCUACCUGGAGGCCAUCAGCAGCACGGGGCACAUCUCACAGUGCACCUAUCACGGCUUUUCGUCCAGUGCAUGCUGUCCCACGGGCGUCAAGCUCUAUCGCCGGACUAACAAUUCACUCCGGGUGUACUGGCGAUCUGUGGGCCUGCAGACCCAGAACCACACCGUGGAGCUGUACGGGACUGGGGCCAACUACACCUGCAUCGCUGCUGCCGGGAGCACGUACUGCGACAUCCAGGAGGAGACAUGCGGGGAUGUCUACACUGUUGUGGUAGCACCAGUGGAGCAGUCAGGGCUUAAGGUUUCCUUCUGUCAGCCCAGAACAUACUCAGUUCCCUGUCCUGGAAGCAACGCAGGCAUGAUGAUUUCUCGCCAAAGACGAAGCGUAAAAUAAUACUGGGACUCCAGACCAGCCAACCGACGAGAACUGAAGAUUUGCCACGAUUAAUUCUAAACAAAUGAUUUAAACAUGUCCCUGAAAAUGGAAUAAGUCUUAGAAAUAAAAAUAUUAAAAACCAAAGCCAUAUGAUACAGAACGAGGAGUGGAAGCUUUGGAGAACGGCACCCCACCAGGUCUGAUCUAACAGCUGAAUUAAAGGAAUUAAUGACUCUGGGUUGUAACUGAAUAAUUCUAUUUAGUUGGUUUAUAAAGUGCCAAUCUAUAGCUGAGAUUUUCUCAAGGCACUUCCUAAUAAAUAUCCAACUAAAAUAACAAAUUUGACAAAAAAACACAGAAUGUUAUGAAAUAAAUAAUAAAUACUAUUUGAUCCUGAUCCUUCCUACAAAACUAAAUUGCUGUUAUAUUAAAGAGUUUACGGUCUAAUCUCAUUUACUAAGAAGUUGAGAGUAAAAUUCUACUGCGAAGAUAAUUUCAUUAAUUUCGUAUUUCCAUGAAAGCAAAAUUUUUUAGCUGGAAAUAUAUUCAAGAAUCACAGGGUUAAAUUCUAAUUCUUUGACUUUAAAUGGCAAAAAAUUACAUUUGACUUAAAAAUAGUAAUUAUCAAAAUAAUCUAAAGUCUUAAUAAUUCCAAAAGAAUCCCUUAGCACAGUUUGAAGUACAACCUCCUCACAGGUUCCUGGUGGUCACGCUGCACUGAAAGUGGAAUAACAGGUUUCAUUGAGUCAUGAACCACCAACCCUGUGGAUGAUCCAUUUGAUCCUAUGAUUGGAAUAAAAGUCAACCUUUUACUGGAUAUGCGUACUCUCGCUUACA